AAUGGUGAAAACAGUGAGUCGCGUAUUUGGUCCAAUGAUUUUCAUCCAGUACUCCUUCAGUUCAAUAAUCCUCUGUAGCAGCGUUUACAGUCUUGCUCAAAUGGUCCCGUUUUCUACAGAAUUCAUCGGUUGCUUGGGUUACAUCCUCUGUAUGUUCUACCAAAUAUUCGUGAUCUGUAUGUCAGGAAAUCAAGUUACGCUUGAGUUUGAAGAGCUUAGUUCCGAGAUGUACAACACAAACUGGUUUUUGCUGAGCAUUAACGCCCAAAAGCACGUUGCUAUGAUGAUGAUGUCUUCAGUAAGCCCCAUAAUAUUCAGCUGCGGUCAUAUUGCCUCUUUGUCACUGGAAUCAUUCAAAAGGCUACUCAAAUUGUCUUACACCAUCUACAAUGUAUUCCAACAAUCAACU